AUGAUCGUUCCCCUGAUGAAAAAGCACAUGCAGAACGGAGAGCUGGUGGUACUCGGCGAGGAUACUUAUAUUUCUCCCGUUCUAAGAGGGAAGCCUGCAAACUUGAAGAUCCUUGACCACGGCACACUGACGAUAGCAGUACAGCUGUCGAAGGAAGAGGCGGAAGCACUGAGGGGAACCUUGUCUGAAGUUGUGGAUCAAGAGAAGAGCCUAAAGUGGGAAAGACAAAUGCUUAAGUCGGCGCAAGCGCAUGACAAUCGCAUUCCCGGAGGUUUUGUGGGAACGGGCCCAAGCGUAGCAGCUUUCCUAAAGUACCAACAAUGGAAAAACGCGCAGAACCAAUUAAUAGAGGAAAAGAUGAAAGUCCUGCGGGUGGUGGAGCCCGCGAUGAUGAAUGCCAAUCCAAAUGCUUCGUCAACAAUACAAAGCGGUGGGAUAGUAGGGCCGGGAGAUCGCCUCGCGUUAUCCGCCCAGCUUUUCAUCCAAAACUCGCAACAGCGCAAGCUUGGCGAAAGUGGACGCAGCAUGUUCGAAGCACACUACUUCGACAAGGAAAAGUUCUGGACGAGGACAAAAAAAAAAUUGGGCCGCUCGGAAGAGAUCUUAGACGAGGUGGCCAAGUUAGAGAUGCGUGACCCGACGCAUAUGGUGAUCCCCCUUGGAAUCGUCGGCGAGCUUGCCAAUGGCCUGCGUGUCCUUCUCCAUCCGACCUCCCUGGCACCGAUAUCGUUUUUGCAUGACAUCCAUGGCGAACCGCCUCCCGGCGUGAGCCCCGAGGAUGCCACGAAGCGACGGGCUUUAGAAAAAAAAGCUUGGGAGCGGUGGGGACCACAACUUGCCAAGGCGCUGAACAGCCCCAGCCGAAGCAAGGCAUCUACCCAGACCGAAAAUUCUUGGGACAAGAGUGUGCAUGAUGCGUUGCACUUGCACUCCAUCUCGCACUCCUUGACACCAAAAAAGGAGCCCACGUAUGGCAGCUUCCGGGUUUACAGCAGCUGGAAAGCAAUGCAAAAGAACGCCGCUCUUGCAGCCGGACUUGACGCCUCUGCCAUAGAAAAAUCUCCUGCUGCCGUGCGUCUGCUUCGUGAAAUACCGGAGAAAGAUCUGGCGUUGCUCCGGCCAAAUGCGGACACGAACUGGCUCAACCUCAAGGAGGCGUGUAGGGAUACGAAGGUAACCUGGGAACAGUUUCUCGGCGACAACAAACGUCAGUAUCCAGGUCGAACCGGAGACAGUUUAGUCUGGCCAGAAGAAGACAACCGGCAUACGCGUCUCCCCGAUUUAGCCGAAGAAAAAGUCCAGGACGCCAUGGCGACGUGGCAGAUGUUGGACCCGGCCCCUAUGAUCAUCCCCACCGGGAUCCUGGGCCAGCUGGCCAAUGGUCUAUUUGUGAUCCUUGACCCCAACACGUUGGCGCCGAAAAAAUAUCUAUUUCCCGGCGGGCAAAAGGAGGGCCGGCUUGGAUUUGCUCCAUAAGAAGCGAAAAAGCACUCGAACAAGAAAAGACGGCGCGCAGCUUCAUUCGAGCUUUCAUUGCCGGGGGCGGCAGGCCACUAUAAUUGGAAUCGACUGGGCGCCGAAAUCUGGCAUGGUUUUGCAUUUUUGCUUAUUGGGGCGGCCCGCUGCCAGAAAAGGAGCCAGUCGCGUGCCGCGUCUUUGCCGGUUGCCCUUGUAUUCUAUUGUGGGCGCAGCUUGGAUUAAAGCUAAUAAAGCAGUGUUUGCAAUGGGGCAGGGCGACGCCAACGUGGCAGCGGCUCUCGUGGGCCCCUUUUGUGUUGCGUCAAAUCGAGGUGACGUGGUGGCCUUGUGGUUGCCCGUCUGUGUUCUUAUGCAGGUGCCCUCUUAGUGUUAGUAGUAGUACUAGUAGCAGAGUAUUCUGCGGGUUUUGUAGCUCAGUGUUUCUCAGUAUUGCUGCUGCAUUAAAAUGAAGAAUAGAUGUGUUAGAGGCUUGCUCGUGCUCUGUCGUCUUUUUGACGUUUCCAUAAUCGCGAGCCUUUUGGCAGUAGCGCAUUCAUUCAGACACAGACCUCCCUCAUGGCGAAUCUAACGCAGAGCACCACGACCGCCACCGACGACGUACUCCGGAGCCUACCGGGGGUACCGUGGCGGACCACCCGCGCCGGUAGCGCAAGCGAUGGAGCCGACCUGGAUCUCGGUGGGGGAGGGGGUGGCGGUUUCGGGGGAUCAUCUGUUCCUCGCAGUGCUCAACACCAGGACGACGGCCGCAGGGCUCCCGCCUGGUCUUUUCCGAAGAUGCCUGGAGAACGCGGACACCAGACGCCCAGCACCUACGCUAGCAAAGUUGCUUUUGAGUCGGCUCCAAAACUACCCCUGAGCCCGCGUCGUUCUAGGGCAUAUAGACCGAUGGGCCCUCACGUGAUUGAUGACGCACCAGGAGCAGGCGUAGAUGUAUGCAAACAGAGGCACAGUAAGGGUGUUGCUAGCCAGAUAUUGCUUGACCUCUCCUGUAGUUGGGCUCAUGCAAAUACAGGGUUGAAGAAUGAGGAUGAGCAUUAUAUACUUAUGAGGUGGGAGCGGGCUUCUUGCGACCACUCCAAUUGCGCUACGGAGGCAGGGCAGCUGCGCGAUGGUUAGUAGCAGCGCCACCUUCUGUUAGUUUGAAUGAAAGAAAGAGAUGCAACUAAGCACGACGAUAUGUCGAACCAGUCGGACAUCUGUUCAUGCUGUCUGCACUGCAGUUUUCCAACACGUGCGGGCAGGGGUUUGGGUUUGCACUGAAUUUAUUUUCAAAAGCGCCUUAUAUUAUGUAUGCAAUUGCAUUUGCAAGUUGUGCACUUAUUUAUAUUUUACGCGGUUUAGUUCCGCUUCUCCUGUAGCGCUUCCCCUUCGGUAGUAUGGUGACCGCUCUCCGCACACGCGAUUAUCUAUCAGCCUAACGACUCGGGGGGAAAGGGCGUCACUAGGUUCGCUGCCUCAAAACAACUAACUUGGCUUUGAUAAGUGAGACGAAGGUAUGACCAUGACCAACCGCCCGGCUGACCACGCGGCGGAUGGGUUAUCGUCAUCUUUGCAACAUGCAGCCCCAGGCUACAUGGAAGACAGGAAGACGAAGAUGGCACACGAAGACCCCCAGCAUCACACGACUUUGCUUAUUGCGGCUCCAGCGCCGAUUGCUGCAGGGGUGGCGACUGCAACUAGGAGCGCCUCUUCGUCCGACGCCCGAGAAGGUGAAGAAGACCCGAAUGAUUCCGGAGCGCAGGGCUUCGACUUUCCACUUUCUGACUUCGUGCUACAUGAAGCACUGAAUAUCAGCCCUAGUUCGCAGAUGUUCCUGUCCGGUUUCCUCCUGGGCGUUCUCUUCAGCGUCGUGGCCCCGUACGUCUGGAAAUUUUGUAGCAGCAGCUGUACUUCUUGCCUCCGCGGCGCGGGAUCUGUUUUAUGGAACAAGGUCCGUAUGAUCCGACCAGCGGCGAAGGAAAAGAAUCUGGGUCUUGUCACGGAGGAGCCAAAGGACGACGCGCAAGCCCGUGGAGACGCAAACAACUCGGAGGAAGAAGCGGAGCUGAAGGAGCCGCUACUACCAAAAGAGGACGAACGGGAAACGGACCCGGAAGUUGUGGCUGCUGACAGAAGUGAAAGCUUUGGUCGAAAAGAGCAGUACGAGGAGGAGCAGGUUGCCGACAGUGAAGGGUUUGGCCGAUACGAGCAGGAUGAACAGGAGCAGGAGGUGGACGAGGCGGCGCACCAUGUUCAUGUCGCGCACCCGCGUGAAGAAGCUAUCGAAGAUCUUACGUCUGCCACUGUUGGCUCGCCUUCUACUCCAGCGCCGGGGCUGUUAGUUGACGUCGAAACGCUCACUAACUCGCCACAUGUAUGACACCAAAAAGCGUCGUCCCGACUGGUACCCGAGCCGAGGAAGCAGGAGCCGGGACUCUCUUCUAAAAAUCCCGUGCUUUUUACACGUAGAAGUGCAUGCUAAUGUUUGUGUUUCAUUUGCAUGUAGCACAAAAAAAAUGAGAAUGACGACAAAGUCAAAGAAGUCAAAGAGAAAGAAAAUGAAAACUACACACCCAUGGUAUCUAUUGGUGAUACAGUCUUGAAUUGCAAUCUUGAAGUUGCUUCCGCUCUGAUGCUGGUUCCGGGGCGGUUUUGGUUCUGAUAGUCUUGCGCAGCCACCGACAGCGAAGCCGAGUGGGAGGAGCAACUGGUGUUGUGGUGUGCCAUAUGCAUUGCAAAUAUCUCUCAGUCUGGACGAACGCAGAAUUUAUCAUGCAGGGUUCGCAUGACCCAGAAGGUUUCUUUGGAAUGCGGGCUCUAGCCCAAGCUUCGCAGGUUUUAUAAGAAAUAUUAAUACUGCCUUCGGGGCGUGCCCAGAAGUGGAGGCUUUUGCUGAUUAUGCAAUACAGAUUUUCGUAUUCGUUUUCGUGUCGAUGUUGACGUCUAGCAUGACAAACUCGGACUCUUCCAGGCCCAUACACAUUUGCAAUGCAUAUUCCAAAGCGAGGAACAAGGAGGUCGACGGGUAGCUAAUCAUGCCUAAAAGGGAAAUAUUUGCCGGUAUUUGCCUUUUCAAUUGAUCUUGAUGAAUCGAAAAUGACGGCUACUAGUAAGACGCGAAGUGUGUGGGGCAUCCUUUUUGGAGUGGGAUUAUUUAGGUUCAAACUGGUCCCUGCUCCAUCUUCGGAUAAUUUAUUUCUAUAAGUUCGAAACAACUGUAGCAUCGUCGCGAGGAGAAGGGACGAGCAGUCUGGAGCCGCAAGGCGAAGGGGUCAGAUGGCAUUUACGAACCACGAAUAGAGAACCGCGAAGGAACAAGGACGACGAGCCAAGAUCACUCCACUCUCCGAUCUCGGGUUGUCUAUGUGCUAUCUCGCUGCUUUUAGUUUGUGAUUUGUAAUAUUAAAAAAAAAAAAUGUUCAAAUAAAAACUUCAGGAGUUUUAUCAAAUGUGGUCGGCGCAGCACCGACCCCGGUAGAGUUUAGAGGGUUUUAGGGUCCUGUCAAACUUCGACGAGAAGUUACUUGUACAG